AUGCAAAGAAAAAUUUAUGAAUAUUCUUCGGGAUUACAAUGUAAGGAAUCGAGAGUACGAAGAAGUCGAACGGGUGCGCAAUAUUUUGAUGAAUUCCGUACGCAUUUUUGGGAGAGGCCUGAGGAUGAUUUUGAUAGGUUUCGUAAUAUAAAUAGCUCAACCCGUAGGCAACGUAGAAUUGGAAGGAAUGAUGCACCUGCGCCAUCUACUGGGGAAGUUGAGCAUGCAUUAGAUCAAAUAUCACUGCGCAAUCGAAGAAGUCGAAGGCGAUCAGUAUCUCCAUCUCUAUCCCGUGAUGCAAUAAACACUAAUACAAACAAUCCUGAUGAAGCGCAAAAUAAUAAUAAUUCUUCAGAAACGAAUCAGAGCCAUGACAAUUCUAGCCACGAAGUAGCUGUCUCCAGCAGAGAUAUUAUCCUUGGACGCGUGGAGGAUGCUAAUCUGUACUCAUAUGCGAAUGUUAAUGUUGUUUACUUUGAUACCAAGCAAAGUCUAUUGCGUUACGAUGAUGCUUUUGAAGGAUUGUGUAGUUUACGAGAUAUUGGAGCAGUAAAAACAAAUAAAGAAAAACCUCUCAGUUCCGAGCAGAUUGAGAAAAACAUAUCGGAGUUAAAGUCGAAACUUAUACAAAAUUCAUCACCGCUUUAUGACAAAAUGCUCAACUCUUUGGGGGAUAUAGUUGUUUCUGGUUUGUCAUGGAAAGAUCCUAUCGCUAGUCAGGUUAUUAGCAAUGACUCAGAAUUAGUUAAAAAAUCAUCAAAAAAAUUAAAAAGGGUCUUUAUGGUAGAAAGAUGUAGAGAAUUUGCAUCAGAUUAUAAUGAACAACAAAUGGAGAUCUUACCAGAAAAAUUGAAACAUGAUAAAUCUUGGAAAGAAGGAGACAAAACUCUCAUAGAAGUUACGAAAGGAAUUCUUAGUAUCUUGAGUGAUACAUGGAAUAAUCUAGCAUUUAGCCUGGAAUUUAUAGAAUCGCAGAAUGAAGGGACUUAUGUAACAAAUAUCAUUGUGCCUGCAAUUCAUGCUGCGUUAAAAGAUCUUCCAUUUGGAAAGUCCUCAUAUGUUAGCACCUCGGAGAAACAAAGUAUUGCCAGUGCAGAUAGAAGAAGUGAAGGGAAUUUCGGAAGACGACCAGAUCAUAAAAAAAUAAAUGAUAGUGUUAAGUUGCGGAGAGAAGUUAACGAUGGAAUUUUUUGGACCUGGUGCGAAUUACAUCUUAAUAUACUUGUCAGGGAUUCGGGUAAUAUACAUAGAUAUUUUUAUCUUAAAUCGGCAAAAAUAUCUAUCCAACAAGCUGAAGAGAAAGAUGUAACAGAAUUGUGGAAACUUUGUUAA